AUGAAACCAGGGAAUGAGACACGAAUUUCAGCAUUUCUUCUUUUAGGACUUUCAGCAGAAUCAGAAUUGCAGCCCUUCCUCUUUGGGGUGUUCCUGUCCAUGUACCUGGUCACCGUGCUCGGGAACCUGCUCAUCAUCCUGGCCACAAUCUCAGACUCCCACCUCCACACCCCCAUGUACUUCUUCCUCUCCAACCUGUCCUUCGUAGAUAUCUGUUUUGCCUCCACGGUGGUCCCAAAGAUGCUGGUGAAUAUCCAGACACAGAGCAGAGUCAUCAGCUAUGCAGGCUGCAUCACCCAGAUGUGCUUUUUCCUACUAUUUGCAGGGUUGGACAGCUUUCUCCUGGCUGUGAUGGCCUAUGACCGGUUUGUGGCCAUCUGUCAUCCUCUGUGCUACACAAUCAUCAUGAACCGUCAGUUCUAUAGACUGCUGGUUUUGGCAUCCUGGAUUCUUAGUGUUCUGAAUUCUCUGUUACAAAGCUUAAUGGUGUUGCCACUGCCCUUCUAUACAGACACAGCAAUCCCCCACUUUUUCUGUGAACUUAACCAGGUGGUCCAUCUUGCCUGUUCUGACACCUUUCUUAAUGACAUCAUGAUAUAUUGUACAACUGUGCUGCUGGGCUGUGGUCCCCUCACUGGAAUCCUUUACUCUUACUCUAAGAUACUUUCUUCCAUACGUGCAAUCUCAUCAGCUCAGGGGAAGUACAAGGCAUUUUCCACCUGUGCAUCGCACCUCUCAGUUGUCUCCUUGUUUUAUGGUACAAGCCUAGGAAUGUACCUUAGUUCUGCUGCAACCCACAACUCACCCUCAAGUGCAACAGCCUCAGUGAUGUACACUGUGGUCACCCCCAUGCUCAACCCCUUUAUCUACAGUCUGAGGAAUAAAGACCUAAAGGGUGCUCUGAAACGCUUCUUCAGAGGGAGGCAAUAA